AUGGCCCAAACUCAUCCAACCACCCCUGACGCCGAGCCAACCAGCCCCAAGCUCGAGCCAACCAGCCCCAAGCUCGAGCCCAUCACCCUCAAAUUCGAGCCGGUCAGCCCCACAGUCGAGCCGAUGGACCACCCAUUAUCUGCCGAGCAGAGCGGGCCACCUCAGCAAUCCAUCCCUGUUCCGACUGCGGAGCCGGCUAAGCGUGCAGUGAAGAAGUCACCUACUAAAAUUUCUCCCGUUCACGACUUGAGGCGUAGUCGUCGCAUUUUUGACCAGGUGCACGGCCAAGGAAGUAUGUCCCUUAAGAACCUCAAGGAACACGCAGACGUCAAGGGUGGACGACCAAAAUAA